GCGAGCGCGAGACCGUCUGCUGCAGCACAAGGUUUGUUUACACCUUACCUCGCGUGACGCAAGGCAGGAGGCUGUCUGUACCUGACUGUCUACUGUAAUCCUGUCCUGUGACUGUUGCCAGAUUUCUCUUCCUUGCUGUCUCUGAUUUCUGCCUUUCUUCCCAUCUUGCCCUAAUACCAACACCACCCCUUCGCUUAUCUUCACUGUAUGCUGUCCUUCCUUUUCUAGCUUUUAUAGUCCUUUCAUAUAACGCACCAUUCCUCUCAUCAGCACAAUUCUCUCCUCUCCUUUUCCUCUCCGUGUUUUCCCUCCCCCACCCCAGUGUGCGAUGGAGGGUGGCUUAACCCUUAACAGCGGCACCGUCAUCAGUGCCAGCGGGGACAAGAAGCAGGACCAGGUGUUGCUGCAGCCCUUCACGUAUGUACUGCAGGUGCCAGGAAAGAUGAUUCGGGGCAAGUUGGCUCAAGCCUUUAACUACUGGAUGAAGAUUCCUGAUGACAAGCUACUGGCUAUCUCAGACAUUAUACAAAUGCUGCAUAAUGCUAGCCUGCUUAUAGAUGACAUCGAGGACAACAGUGUGUUACGGCGUGGCAUUCCAGUUGCUCACAGCAUCUAUGGUGUUGCCUCCACCAUCAAUGCUGCCAACUAUGUCUAUUUCCUUGGCCUGGAGAAGGUGUUAGCUCUUGAACACCCUCAGGCUACCCAGGUGUUCUGUGAGCAACUUCUGGAGCUCCACCGAGGGCAGGGGAUGGAAAUCUAUUGGAGGGACUCCUUCACGUGUCCUUCUGAGGAGGAGUAUCGCCAAAUGACUAUCCGCAAGACUGGUGGACUGUUUGGCCUUGCAAUAAGACUGAUGCAGCUGUUUAGUAACUCACGGGAAGACUACUCCACCAUUACUGGCAUUCUGGGACUCUACUUCCAGAUACGUGAUGACUAUGCCAAUCUAUGCAUGAAGGAGUACAGUGACAGCAAGAGUUACUGUGAAGAUCUAACUGAGGGUAAAUUCAGCUUCCCAGUGAUUCAUGCUAUCAACACCAAGCCAGAUGACCAGCAAGUUAUCAACAUCAUACGGCAAAGACCUAAGGACCUGGAAGUCAAGAGGUACUGUGUGUCCCUCCUAGAGAAAUUUGGAUCUCUGCAACACACCCAGGAAACUCUGAGAAGCCUGGACAAUGAGGCACGGCAGGAGAUUGCUAAGCUAGGGGGCAACCCUCACCUGGAGGCUCUUCUGGAUGAGUUAAGAACCAAUGUGUAGAGGUUCAUAUUUGAGUGAUUUCUUAGGUUAUUUAUUUUUUUCUAUUAAUUAUCUCCACUUCAUUCUUUUCUUAGUUUUUUCCUAUUGUGAUUCAGCUUCAGUUCUGUUUUAUCUUCUGUAAACUAUUUUUGUUUUUCAUUUGAUUUUUUUCUUUAUUUGCUAUAUAUUAUGAUUAUUAUUCAUAUUUCAUCACUUUCUUCCUCCUCUUCUUCCUUCACCUCAUGUUGUUAAGUUUGCUGACAGUUCUGUACUCUUACUUUAUUGAGUUGAUUCUUUGAUUUUCUUCACAAUGCACAUCAAGAUUCAUAGUUUCAUCUCAAAAUUAACCUCAGGCUUCCAUCCACUGCUGUUUGACCACAGUUAACAGGUUAACAGCCAUGUGAUGGACACACCUGUCAGCAGAUGGCAUUUCAUGCAGGUAGUCCUUGUGUCAUGUUUCAAUGCACCAUCAAACAGGGAUUUAAUCUGUGGUAUCUAUGAACCUAAAGGUGUGUAAUUAUUUAUUAUUUAUCGUUGUAGGUGUUAUAUAAUUUAUAGUGUCCUAAUGACAGGGAUAGAUAUUAUGGUACUUUGAAAAUUGUUUGUAUUGCAGUUUUGAUACUGUAUUGCUUUUUCCUUUUUUUCUUCAUGACAUGACUGCAUAACUUUUAGAUGAAGCAUUUUUUUUUUUUUU